AAUCCGAGAUCGCAUUCCUCUCCACGUGUCCACUUCUCAACCUGUUGAUAACGCAUACACACACAGCCAACAUUUCGCGGCGCCUCCACAAGUGCUGCCGGCGCUCGCGUUGCUCGGCUGCGAGAACGUCAACUCAGGUUACUUCGGGGAGUCCUUAUUUAACCGUGACUCUCUUCCCUUCCAAGUGUAUGAAGGGAGAAAACUCCAUGUGAACAAGUGGACCUAUGACACAAAAAGCUUAACAGACAGGAAACUCGAGGGAAAGACAAAGGCUAAUCCAGUCCCUGGUCGAUGAAGUCAAAGGGCGUGUGCACCGUUUCCAGAAGAGGCCGAACGUGUUAGUAUGACGUCGCUUCAAACGCAGGUGUAGUAGAGAGGUGUGGUGCAGCCUCUUCGCCCCUGUACAAGUCUGCCCGCCUGGCAUGGAGGGACAGGGACGCGCACCUCUCAUCCUCUGGGCUUUCGUCACCCGCUACGACUUGACUCAUACUGAUGUCAACGGGGAGUGCAAUGACAACAAACCAUUGGUGUCUUUGCCUAUGUGGCCGGAAUGGACGGCUCGCGAUGUACAGACGGAACUGAAAAAAACUCUUAAACUUGACCAGUCUUCCGUGGAUUCAAGUCUAGUGCUUAAGGUUCGCAAUGGUGAAGGUAUGCUUUUGCCCAUGACACCCAUAGCACUUAACAACACAUCUAAACAACCUCUUGUUAUAGAGGUUUGCGCACCGCACCAGCAUGUAACUGGAACGGAAAGUGGAAUGGGCGCUCUCCCCGCCUCCUUCAGAAAGACGGUGGAAGGUCUCAUAAGCAACUACGAGACGAGGCUGGCGGCGGUGGAGAAGGGGCUCGUCGGCCUCGAGUCCCGUCGCGCUUCGGUCCUCGAGGCCGAAGUGCGCCGCAUCCACGACACCCUCACCUUCAUGACGCGCCGCCUCGAGCUCACGGAGACCCCCGACUGGAUCGCGGGGGCGCAGACGUAACGGGACGGCACGCGCUCGUAGAAGAACGGAUUUUGGAGGAAUGGUCAUACACGCUUGCAUAUAUGUGAAGAACUCAUAUAUCACACACACACACACACGCGCGCGCGCGGGCGCACUCCUACAUUUAGUGGGUUUAAUGCAAGCUGUGAUCAUGUGAUAUACAUAAAAUAUGUGAACACACAUACAAAUAUAGUGUCCCUUCUUAUGAUCUCUCCGUGGUGCUCGAACUCCCCACACCCCGCUCCCCCCAUAAACAAAAAAAUGUAAAUGUGCUUUACAGCAGAAUUCCUUCAUCGAAAUUAAAAGUAACUUCGGUGCCAAAUUUGCUCUCGGUAAAGAUAACCGCAAAGGACAAUUUGCUUCCAGACAUGUUUGUGUAUAUACAUGAUAUGUAUAUACAUAUAUACAUAUAUGUAUAUGCAUGUACUUAUGAGUGUGUAUAAAUGUGUGUGUGUGUGUGUGUAUGUGUGUGUGUGUGUGUGUGU